GUUGUUUGGGCCCCUUUUCGAAGCGCAAGUUCCAACGCGUUCCGCCAGGAUGAAAAAUGCGCAGCCACGACGCCCGUUUUCCCUCUUCACGCGUUUUUCGGCCCUUGCCCUGGUGCUCCAUGAACUACUUUUCGCGGAGGAGCUUCAGAAGACAUACCGCGAACCUGCGUAGAUAGCAGGAAAAAUCGCCACCAUCCGGAAACAUACUGGGCGAGCGCAGAAACAGACGAUCACAAUGGAAGCACUUAACAAACUCACGGCGGAGCUGGACGAGUUUGAGGCUUUCGUCGAGAACUACACUGGACAGAUGAAUGACAUCCUCACCGGGAAGCUGCCAGAUGCGGAUAAGCAGUGGGCUAAACAGCAGCUGGAGAGCAUCCACAGUGCGACGGUUGACAUGAAGGCGCUCGAUAAUGUGGCGGCUGAGUCUGCAGAGCCUGUGAGUGGCGUCGCGGGGAAGAUUCUGAUGAGUGGUUCAAGAGCGGACAAAGAAGGCAGCAAAACGAAGGAGAUCUCAAAUGACGAAAAGGCCAAAGCGGAAGCAGCCCAGCACCGCGCGGACGGUAACGCGUUCUUCAAGCAGAAAAAGUACGCGGAUGCCGUGUCCGCAUACACGCUCGCCCUGGCCGCCGCUGCCCGGCGAAAAGUCCAACCAUCGCACAGCGACACAACGGACCCGUCCGAUGACACUGCCAUAACCCUCUACACCAACCGCGCGCUCGCACACUUCCGGCUUGGCGCAUACACUCUCUGCGUCGCCGACUGCACUUACGCGCUGGAGCUCAACCCACGAUGCAGCAAAGCACUAUGGCGGCGCGCGGAAGCGUACCGUGCCCUGCGACAAUACGAACAGGCCAAGAAAGACGCAUUUGCGCUGCAGGGGCUGAUUGACGAUUUCGCGGGGUUGACGUCGCGGAUGGGCCAGUUGAGGAAGGAUAGAGCGAACGUGACGGAUCCGGGGGUGUCGGAGGCGGAGGUGCGUGGGCUGCUCGCGGUGUUGGAGCGUGAGCUUGCGGACGAGAGCGAGGAGAAGAAGUUGAAGGAGGAGUUGACGGCCGACGGGUCGUUUACGGUCCUGCAGGAGCUCGUCACCGCGUUUGCUGAAACACUACGCGCAAUCGCUGGGUCUCCACCCAACAGUACGAAUAAAGCGCAUGCCGCCGCCCAUGCCUCCUCCACGCGACUCACUCGACUUGUCGAAGCCUCGCCGCUGGUCGCCGACGCUUUCCGUGCGACUAACGCCUACCCAAUCCUCCUGUCCGACACCGCCGUGCUAACACCAACCUCAAUUGAUCUGAUCCUCCCUGUCAUGGGCGCCUCUGCGCGGACCUCAUCAGUCAACCGACGCGCACUCGCGAAACACGUCGGCGCGAUCGUCAACACGAUGAUGCGCAUGCAAAGUCCGCGUGUCGAGACAGUCGAAACCGCGGUGGAAGUGUUGAGGCUUGUUGUGCGAGAGGAAGAAGGUGUGCGUGCUGUUUGCGGGAUGGCAAACUCUGAUGGAGAUACGCAGGUUGACGGAAAGGCGUUUGGGAAGUUGGUUUUGAAGUUUCUGCAUGAGGCGAGCACGACAAAGCUGGUUGUAGAGGCUCUGUUGGAGUUUCUGACGCGUGUUGUGAAGGAGGGACCGGCGGGAUGGCGGGCCGUUAGCGUGGCGUGGGGCUUGGGCCCCGAGAAGUUGCUGGGGGAGUUGCCGUCUUACUUGAGAGUUGAUAAGGCAAAUUUAGCUGAAGAGCAAAAAGCGGACGACUCGAAAGCAGACGAUAAGAAGCCCAGACACGACCCCGCGGUGGUCACCAAUGCAUGCCUUCUCAUCGAUGCCCUCGCCGGGUCGCCGAAAGCGGCAGCCGCCGCGUUCUCUCAACACUACAAAUCGCUUCUUGAUGCAAUGUGGACGAAUCUCACGGUGUACCUUCCCACACCUGAGCGCACGCCCCAAACCCCGACCCCAACCUCAACCUCCCCGACUUCCACAUCCAACCCAGACCUCGUAUCCGUCCUUCUGGCAACGACCCACAACGCGCUCCUGAACCUCCCAACCGACGACGACGCACAAAAAAUCAUAGCGGCGCUGCUCCGUCGGCAUGCGAUUCACGUCCGGCUGGUCCACGUCCUAAUAGCCCAGCCGAAGGCCACAGAUACACCAUCAGCAACACAUACACACCUUACAACCCUCGCACUCCGCGUGCUGACGCGUCUCCUCGCUUCCCAUCGGGACGACAUCAUAUCCACCCUGGAUGGGUGGUGGGACGACGUGCCGAUGCUCCAGCUCAUCCAACAGCAUCACCAGCAGCAGGCCCUGUCGCUGCAACUCCUUGCCGCAUGGCUGGCAUCUGGCGAGAGCAAAGCAGUCGAGUGGCGCAAGAUGGGCGGGUUCGAAGCGUUAGUGGGCGUGUUGGAGCGUGCGAGGGGAGUGAAACCUGCGGAGAGGGAUGAGAAAAUCCUCGGAAAUGCGGCGCUAUGUGUAGGGGAGUGUGCAAAGACUGCCACCUCCGCAAAACAACUCCAUCGCCUCGGCGCCACGACGCAUAUCGUGCACUUACUGCGGGACGACACGAUCCGCGAUCUCAAGGCCAAGAAGAACCUGGCGAUUGCGUGUGCAAGGCUUUGUCAAUGUCGUAAGUGGCCGCUUGCGUGACCGGGAUGGCCGGGGUUUUACUGUUUACAGCUUUCCUCGUGAUACUCAUGGCAUGUCGUCCCAUUUCUUUCCCAUCUUCCAUUCAAAUCUUCACUUCGAUAUGCCACCCCGGAAAACACUAGC